AAUUAAAAAGUAUUUAAAGGUAACAGAAACGUCAUGAAAAAAUGAGUUAAAUCCGUCAAGAUGACAAACAAAGAAGUUGAUGGCGAGCCGGCCUGCGACCCGCGUCUUGCUGCUUUAUUGGCAGUUCACCUUGUUAGUCAAAUUUUAGAUGAAGCAUAUAUUAUAGCCAAUGCUGGUAACGAGCCAGGUCCACCGUGGCCAUAUCAGCCAUUAUUGAAAAACAGUGAUAGUGACAAACUAUGCGAUGGUGAUGAUGAAGAUACAUCGUUUGAGGCGUCAAAGGGCGAUAGCGACAUCGUGAAUGAAAAUAAGAUGGAGCAAGUUGCCAAUGUUGUUGCUACAUCGACGCCUCAAAAAGUAACAGAUGACUUUCUAAAGAAUAAACCCGAGACCAGUUUUAUAGGUCAAGGUGAUGAGGAAUUGGAAGCGAACCAGCACGAGUUAACAAAAUCAACUUCGAUGUUUAUAAAUCAUCUAUUCGACAUGAGUGACGUUGAAAAAGUUGUUAAUUGUGACGACAACGAUGUAUCAGAAAAUAAUCCUGAAAGUAGUGAGUUGUUGACUCAAGCGAUGGGUAAAAUAAUGGAAUCGUAUGUUAACACUGCAAUGGGUAUGUCAUUUGACCAACCAUCUCAAUCAAUAACUGGUGGUGUGCCAAUGAAUCGAUCAUCUAGCACUGAAGAUUCAGACUAUUCGUUUUUGACUGAUGCGUUUGCCGAAGACUUAAUUGGUAGAGAUAUGGCCUUCUAUAUACACGACGAUGGAGCCGGUGAUGUCGAUAAAUCCCGUACGGUCUCGCACUUAGUUCCUUCAGUUCACAUAAGAGAGCUUUGCAAUGAAAUUCCUGAAAAAUUAACCGAAAGCAACGAUGUCGCUCGGUAUGAAAAUGCAUAUCUUUCUUUAAAUCGUGAUUACGAGCAAUGCUCAGAAGAUGAAGUCGAACCUAUCUUAGAAGAUCCAAAAGGGAUGACCUUACAAGAAGUAGAAUUGUUGACUGCGAAUACAUCUUCUAAUGAAAAUUUGUCAACGCACCAGGAGCCAGAACCCUCUCCUAAAGCAAAGGAAUUGGCAGCAACUUCAGCAGUCUCGGCAGCAGCUAGUGGAUCAAGAAAAAGCUCGCUGGUCGGUCGAUGUCGUUCUCAAGGCGCUCGACUUUUAGCAUGUCUUAGAGGAUGGUGGCGGCGCAGAACCCCUGGGAGACGCAAGGAAAAUCGAGUGCCCUGUCCCCCUCGAGGACUAUGCCCGUUAUCGCCGGAUGCAAGGCGUCGAGCUGCAAGUCUAUUGGAUCAAAGAAGUCUAAGGUCGCCUUCACCAAGCCGCGCUCUUUUAUGGAAGUUCAAUACGGUCAACGAAGCCCUGGUCAAUUCCUCACACUGGAAGGGAUACACUUUCGAUGUAAAACCAGAUGAAUGUGGCGAGUACUAAUUUCCUAACCAUGCGACUCCUUGACCUUAUUCCUGUUUAUUGUUAUUUCGAUUGUCUCGACAAUAAAGGUUUAAGCGACCACGUCUACUGUUUCA